UUACCUUUAAUCAAUAAAUUAACCAAGAGGUUUCACAGAAUCAUUUCAAGUAUGCCUGCUUGAAAUUUGUAUAGGGAUGGGCGUGCCAGUAAAACAAACACUUUUGCUUUGAACAUGCUGUACACAGAAGGCACAACGCUGAUUUCAGUUUCCUAUAAAUGAUGUUCCCACUGAAUGAAGUUAAUUGAGAAUGCAUGUCCUGGUUGAGUUUCGUUUUCCAGCCCUGUGGUUAUCAGUACAAGGGAACUGCCGCAGUGGAAGGUUUGUGAUGGUGAAUCACAGAAAGUAACCACUCUAACGUAACUGUAUACAGACAAUACAUAUUUACAGAAGAUCUGUUUGGGAUCAAAGUUGUAAAGUGUACGAUGAAUCAUUUCCAGCUUCCUUUCUGAUGAAGUUUGUCAUGAUUUCAAAGUGAUACUGUACAUUCAGGUAGUAUGUGGCAUUUAAAGUGAAAAGAAACUGAAACUCUGGAGCUUGAUUAUCCAAUCCUCCUCUUAGUUAGCAGCUCUUUCUUCCGGUGUGUCAGUCUGGAAAGCUUUAUAUCCAAGACAGUGAGAGAAGAUAGAGCAGUGCUUGCAGCAACAAGGUCAAGCUUCAGCCCAACAAAUAUCUUUUUGUGUUUGCAGAGAAAAGCUCAAACUCUAGAACAACAGCUUUAACUGACCACACAAAAUGUUACAAGGCACACCUCUGAAGAAAGUGAGAGAUGUCAACAAGGAAGUCCUAGAACCACCUGUAGUACCUGACAAUAUCAAUCAUGCCAUUCAGAAGAAGCUAUCCAGCCCUAAAGGUGACCCUGGAGUAGAUGGUAUAGUCAGGGAGGUUUUGCCUAUAUCUAACGAACUUGACCGCUGGAUCAGGCAGAGAGGCCGAGACUUACGCCUACGCCAGACUGACCGACAGCAAGCAGUGAGACUGGUCAAUAAUCUGAGAAAGGAUUUAGUGAAGUUCCUGAAGGAAAACGAUGAGCAACCUUUUUUCAGGACUAUUUCUGUUCUCAAUAGCGGAAGUUACUAUGAAUUAGUGAAGAUUAAUAAACCUAAUGAGUUUGACAUCAUGCUGAAACUUACAACACCCCGACUGGUGUGGAAAGCUUUAGAGAAAUAUAAUGGAGUUUUCUAUACAAUUUCCCUCUGCCGACCUCCACGUACUGAAAUACGGGCAUUCCUCUUAGAUGGUGGUCUCACUAUCUCAGCCUCCAAAAUAAUGAAAGAAAUGCACAGUUUGGUUACUAAAUUCAUCAAAACACAUAAAGUGCCUCCUGGUGAAGGUCGUUGGGUGGUGUCCAGGAAAAAGGUCAAUUCUCCAGCUGUGACCUUGGUUUUCGUGGAUGAAAUUGAGGGGGCAGAAGUGCUGUCUGUGGAUAUUGUUCCUGCCCUCGAGGUGCCACAAGGCUGGCCAGAAGCUGCUCGAGCUGGCCCGAAUGUGGACAAGUGGCUUGGGAAGAACAAUCGACGAAAAAUUAUUGGACAGCCUGUUUACUUUGUCCCAAAGAGACCCAAAACCCGAAACCUCACUAAUGUCGAAAAAGAGAGCUGGAGAAUAUCCUUCUCUCAUAUUGAAAAAGACAUGAUCAGGUUCCAUGGCAACAAAAAGACGUGCUGUGAGAAUAAAAAAAACGAAUGCUGCCGAAAACUGUGUCUGCGGCUCCUUAAGUGCCUGUUUGAGGGACUGAAGCAGACCUACCCCAAAGAACUUGGACAUUUAUGCUCCUACCAUGGGAAAACUGCCUUCUUUUACAACCUGUGUGAGAGAGCUGAAGACUCACUGUGGACUCCUGGCCAGCUCUCAGUCUGCUUUAUGCAACUUUUUUCGGACUUUGAGCAUGCUGUAAAUAAUGCCUCGCUUCCCCACUUCUUUGUUCCAGACUUCAAUCUGUUUUCUCCAUCCAUUUUCCCCAAGCGUUCUCUUCGGUUUCUGGGAAAUGCUUUGCAGGAGCAAAAGGAGUUAGGGUUUCCUCUUUUGCAGGCCCAAGAGCCUGUCCCAGUGCUUCCAGUACAGUCUGACACUGUGGCAUGUGGAAAUAGACAGAAAUUUAUUAUGCUGACUAUGUCUUGUGUUAUAUUUUUGGCCAUUGCAUAUGCACUGUAUGUAAAAACCUGACAACUAUUAUGAUUUUCUGUCAAUAACAUCCCCAUAUUGAACGAAAAUGCAUUUCUAAAACACUUGUAAAAUGAGGAUUCUAAAAUGGUGAAAAUAACUUGAGGGGAACACAUGUUUUUAAUGGACACUAUAUUUGGAUAUAAACUUUCAUACACAUUUAAAUUUUUUCUUAUUCCAGCACAGUGGAGCUGUGUGUAGUGUUGUCACCUCACAACUCCAUUGUUUACGAUUCCAUCAUGAGCUGAGUGCAGUUUCUGUAUGUGCUAUCUCUGUGUCCAUGUGGGCUUCCUCAACAUCCCAAAAACACAUCAGUGGGUGGAUCAGCGACUCUAAUGUGUGUGUGAAUGGACUGGGUGUAAUUUUGCCUCAUGGCCCGUGUUUCCAAGAUCAGGUCCAAUAAUGAUGAUAUAAUGCCAAGGUUUACCAUAUGUGUAAACAUCAAUACUGGAGACAGCAGUAACUGAAAGAAACUCUUUUCUUUUUUUGUUAGCUUUGCUACCAGUUUUCAGUAGACCCCUAACCUGUGUUAUCUUUGGUUGAUUCAAAACUUGUUUUAUUAUUAUUAUUAUUAUUAUUAUUAUUAUUAUUAUUAUUAUUAUUAUUAUUAUUAUUAUUAUUAUUACUACUACUACUACUACUGCUGCCACUUUACUGUCUAUGCCUCAAUUUUACUAAUAUACUUUACAGAGAAGACCUACGGCAUUCAUUACAAAUAAAAUAUCUUAUAUAAAUACCUUAUGAUUAUGCAAUGUCUAAUUACAUGAAAUGAGUACAUUUAACCAU